CUAGGCUACACUCCAGAGAAGAAGGAGACCGGAGACCGGAGACCGGAGACAGGGAGGGCUCAAAUCGGUGCUACGGUCGGACACUAGGCUACACUCCAGAGACCGGAGACCGGAGACAGGGAGGGCUCAAAUCGGUGCUACGGUCGGACACUAGGCUACACUCCAGAGAAGACGGAGACCGGAGACCGGAGACCGGGCGCUACUCCCCGUGCUGCAAAGCAAGCAGGGCUCAAAUCGGUGCUAAAUCCGACCGGUUACCGACCUCUCCGUGGAACGUGACACCAGUGAACUCUGCAGACAUGCCUCUUAAGAACAGGACAAGUGGUGCAGCCGGUCUGAUCAUGGUCCAUACGCCUGCUCCUCUAGGUCUCCUCACAUCUACGGUGGCUGGCGAAGCUGUACCGCUGCCAACCAGAGUGGCUGGCGAAGCUGUACCGCUGCCAACCAAGACACCCAGCGGAGGAUGGACGACCGGCCGAAGAGGAGCAGGAAGAGAGAAGAGGAGGAGUGAGGCAUGGCUUCCUGGACCUCCCAGAGGGCCGUGGGUGGACUGGCUCUCUCACACCUCCUUCAGGAGGCUGCAGGUCAAGUUAGAAUCUGAGAACCAAGAGGCUAGAGCCAUCACCCAGCCCUUACUGGACACAGAGAAUGGCUUUGUCAAGGACCUGGAGCGUUUCCUGUGCCAGCAGGAGAGGGCGGAGCAUCGUAAGAGAGAGCUGCUCCAUAAGCGCUGGACGGAGCGUGUGUGGACCCCUAUUCAGAGGAGCGUGGAGAAGCAAGUGUCCCAUUGCUGCUAUGAAGAGGCAGAAAGGAUCCGCAGCAUGUUCCUGCAAUACAUACACUACUGUAACUCCAAGGGUUUUGUGUUUCUGGAGAACUAUGACCCCCAGGAGUACAACCCCUUCCACCUGCACAUCAACCAACCUCAGGUCUUUACAGUAUCGUACACACACAGCCAGGUAGAUCAGCUCCUCCAGCAUAACCUGCCUCACCUGGCCCCUCCCACUGACCCCAUGACCUCACACCCUCACCUGAGGUCAGUUGACCUGCCCCUCCUGGCCCCGACCACUCACCGGAGCUCCACCCCCAGAGAACCUCUAGUGGAGGUGGAGACUGCCCUAUGGAGGCCUGACAGGCCGCCCAGACCAUAGCCACUGUCACACCUGACGGGAGAUGUCUGCAGACACCUUGCUGGUCCUACAAUGGAUAAUGACCCUCUACCUCUCUUACCAAUAAACAGGGCUUGAGAGCACAGCGUU